AUGGGUUCUGCGGCCAGCUGUCUCGUCCUCUCUGGUCUCAAGAGACUUUAGAGCAUGUCAGCUGAGUCGCCUUCUCCGCUUCCCCUGACCCACGCGAUGGCCAGAAUUCACAUGACUGCUGCUGCCAGGUUCUAGGCCAGAAUAAAUUAUCCAGCGAAAGGUGAAGGGGAAAUGACUAAGCUUGGAGCGCUUCUGCUACUUUCAGGCUACCUUGCCUCUGGGUUGAAGCCAUGCAUGGUGCCUGUGCUGAAUGAUCUCACUCAAGGAAACACCAUCCUGAAAAUUCCUGAGUGCUCAUUAGCUAAUUAUGGGAUGACCACUACCCUGAGAGGUAGGACUUUCAGAGGAUAAAUACGGACGUGCCAGUUCAGAUACAAUACGUAUCUGGGUUAGGUCAGGCGUUUGUAGAUAGCUGGUUAGCUUGGCACUGAAGCAGAACAUAUUCACAUUAAAACAUUGCAGUGGGACAGACUUGCUUUUUUCAGGCUAUAAGCCAGUGACUUUGGAUACUAUGUUGAUGGGUGCAAAUACAAAAUCUUAAGCAGCUAGAUUGAUCAGUUGGCAGCUGUCAUAUGUGCAGCAGAUCUGGGUUAAGAAGUCCUCAGAUGUCAUUUGUUUGAUGAAAUAUGCCAUUUUCUGUCUUGGGCUGAUUUUUAUUCAUCGUUUGAAAUGAUUUUCUCAAUCAUUUCCAUGCAUGAAAUCCUGACUUUUCAGCUACUCUGAUUCGGCAAAUCAGGGCCAGGGCACGUUUCUUUUCCCUGGUUGGCUUAGCAUCACCCUGCUGUCUGGCGUAAGCCAUCAUGAUUAAGAAUUCAAAAUAUUUGCAGUAAAUGUAUCAUUGCCAUAAGCCUUCUAUCUGGCUAAACAGUUUCUUAGAAUACUUUCAUAGGCUGACCACUAAUGGGGUGAGGUGGACAUACAGGGGAUGAAGGGAGAGCGUAACUAUUCACUGGAGGUUUUUAAACAGACACAAUUAUUUUUCAGUGUUCACUUAGCUGUAGGAUGAAGUAGCAGGGCCUGACCAUCUCUUCUGCUACUACCAUUCUAAGCUGCUCUGCUGUACGAAGGAGCCAGCAUCCCAGUAGAUGUGGCCAGCCAGGAAUUACCCUGCAUGGAGGAUGUGUCUGGGGAGAAGGGGGUAGGACCAGGGCAUCCCUCUGCUCCAGCUAUUCCCAGCUGCUCGAAUUGCUCCUUGAGGUUGUAGGCAGCCUGGCUUACGACAGAGUGGGGGUCUACCUCAGGGUUGUAAACAGGUGUUUGUUAGGCUGGGGGGUUGUGAUUUCCUUUCUCAUAUUGUUAAAUAGGAGCGGGAAGGGAUGAAAUGGGGGUCUGAGUAUGAAAAAGGUUGUUAGAGAAUCCCUGAGGCUGCUUUAACCCAAUGCCAGGGGCUGAUUCCUCGCCAUCUGGCCCCAGAAUUGGGGAACUGGGAAGCUUUGAACUGAAAAUGUGGCCCAUGGAAUCUCUUCUCCUUACCAGUCAGAAUGUCGGUACUCUCAGCAACUCUUACCCUGUAGUGCUGCAGAACCGGCCUCAUGCGUCGUUAAGAGCAACUAAAUAAAGACCACGCUCUGGAAUCAAUGUCUCUGAAAAUGAGCGUGGUGACUUGCCUCACACUUAGCUCACAGUGGGCGACCUUUGUCUUGUGACAUUUUAUUGCAUUGCUGCGAUCUCUGGGAUAAGGGGCCCGUCAGCUAGCAGUGUGACUGCCUUGUAUCAUGCUUUGCAGAAUUACCUGUCUCGUUCGCUCUCCGCCAUGUGUCAAGAGCCAUGCUGGAAUGGCAGCUGAAGGAGAAAUUCGAUGUGCGUGAUCACCCUCUCUCCACCAGCAAUUGUGGUGUAGGACUGGGUAAGGUACCCCCCAUUAAUGCUGGCAGGCCCCAGGGGCUGGGUUAGCCAGGACACAUAGGAGAAUUCCUGCUGUUGCCGGUGUUCUAGCAGAGAAGUGAUUUAUCUGCUGUCUUUUUUCCUGUGUACGGGCUCGGGCAGCCAUUACCCUAUCUAGAGCUGACUGCUCUGAAGGAGGCUUGGGAACAAUCCUUUUCAAAGAUCAGUGUUUUUCUUUAGGAGCCAAACUGGCACCAACUCCAAACUGCAGCCUGGAGCCCAGAUUCUCAGCCCUGGGGCCAGAGCAGCAGAGAAGGUGAAGGUUUAUUGAAGCCACCUUUGUGUGUGCUCUAUUUUGGGGUGGUCUUUGGGCUGCUCUAGCUUAUGCACUAUUCCCCAUGGCCCCCCAGUGGGAAGCAGAGAACAGCUGGAGUGCAGUGCACUUUGCCUGUGGUAUAGCCCCAUCCCACCAUAACGCUGGGAGCUAAGGAACAGGGGUAACACAGGCACCAUCCCAGCUCUCUAAUGGCCAGGGAGACCCCUUGCCCAGGAGGCAGCAUAGGGGGCCUUUAGCACACUAAGCCCAGGUCAGUGGGACCCAGGCUCAUGGAGUCGGGUGUCUAACCCUGCUCUUGAGCAUCCGCACUAUGUUGUAAAGCUGGGUUCAUGGUUGCUGGAUCUCACAGCUCUGGUAAUAUAGCGCAGUACGGCUAUGGAGCCCUGCUGACUCAGCUCUGCAGCCUGAGCUGUGGCCACACUGCAGAAUGACAGGGCUUGGAACACCAUAGUGAGAUUUGGGCUCUGACUCACCCACCUAGUGGGGCCCCAGGACCAGGGUCCUGAGUCAGGCUGAUCAGUGUGUAGACCCAAGAGGGGCUUGGGCUCAAACCUGAAUCACUUCCAGGGCUUAGUGCGCAGUGUAGACAUGCCCUUAGGGAGUCACUGGGGUUCAGGCCCUGUGGGUGGCAUGGGUGUGGCUAACUCCCGGUGCAUUAAAUGGGGGUGCUGGUGCCUUUAGCACAUCACCAGGCAUUGAAGAAUUGCUCGUUGGGAUCUGCUCUCGAAGGGAAAGCCUUUCUGGAAAUGCACAAGAAAGAUCAAGCUGUAGGAGGGCCAGCAGCGUCUGAGGCAGGGAAUGGAAGAGAAACAUUUCUGUAAAAUGUGUCCAGAUCUGAUCUGGAAACCCUCCUAACUAAAGGUAAUGGUGGCCAGGUCCCAGUGAAGCAGGAGAAACCCAGAGCCUUUCCUUAACCCAGUGGGGUUCCUGGGAAUGCAUAACAAAAGCCAGGCCAAAAAAAGAACAAUUAGGGCUGGGGGUGGGUGGCACGCCCGUCCCCAGGCAGCCUCUGGAGCCAGCAAUGCAGGGUGAAGGCACAGGUUGCUGUUCCCAGGUGGUGUCAAUUAAUCCUACUUCAUUCAGAGUAACACAGGCAGCGAGGCUGGUGAGGGCUCCUGCUGAUUAAUUACCACUUAGCCUCCAGAUGGGAAAGGCACUGCUAGAGCUGGGGUUAGACUGCAAGGGAAUGCGAGAGGAGGUGGCUGGACUGGAGUGCCGCUUCAGAAGGGCAAGCCGAACAGAGAAGCUCAUGAUUCAUUCAGAGCCUAAAAACUAGUCUGUGGAGAUGUCUAUGAAGUGAGCCAGUUUCCAAGCACAAGAUCAAGGGAUGGUUCGAGGCCUGUCGUGUCUCCUCUCUAAUCUUUUGUCCCUGUGACCCUCUUCAGCAGAGAGAUGCUUAGUUCUGUGCCUGCUCCUGCCAGCCCAGCCUUCUGUUGGUGACAUGCUCUUGCUGUCCCAGUGAAGGUUACCUGGGCUGCUGUCGUCAUUACCUUACAAAAGAGAGAGAGAGAGGAGGGAGGAAUGAAUGACUGAAAUUAUGCUGGCAAAGAGCUGGAACUGAUGUGCAACCACUGAUGCUCUGCAGAUUUUGCAACAAGGCAAGUCAUUCCAGAGCCAGCAAGUUCCUCCUUGCAAGCAGAGAUAAGCUGUGCUCUCUUCUCAGCUGCUAAUUUCUCUGCUCAACGGUGGGCUAGUCUGUGCUCAGUGGGUCUAGAGGGCUUGGGCUGCAGGCUAGAAGACCAAGGGCUACAAUGGAAGAGAAUUUGUUCAGUGUGCAGCAGAUACAGCCCAAUGUCAUUUCGGUGAGACUCUUCAAGCGCAAGGUUGGGGGUCUCGGGUUCCUGGUGAAGGAACGUGUUAACAAGCCCCCGGUAAUCAUCUCCGACCUGAUCCGAGGAGGGGCAGCUGAGCAAAGCGGGCUCAUCCAGGCUGGGGACAUUAUCCUGGCAGUCAAUGGCCGGCCCCUGGUGGACAUGAACUAUGAGAGUGCCCUGGAGAUCCUGAGGAGCAUCGCCUCAGAGACCUAUGUGGUUCUGAUCCUGAGAGGUCCCGAGGGCUUCACCACUCAUCUGGAGACCACCUUUGCCGGUGAUGGGAUGCCAAAGACUGUUAGAGUAACCAGACCUUUGUGCCCAACUGCCAAAGCAGUCGACUUGUCCAAUCCAAGCAUCCACGGCAGAGAUCUGCAGCAGGGAGUAGACCCUACCAUGGGCUUGGGUAGUUCAGCAUGGGCUAGAGAGAAUGGACAGGAAGCAGAGUCCCUUGUGCACGUCAAUGGUGUGGUUACCAGCACCAAAGGUGAGGACUCUUUGAAGGGAAGGGACAAUGCCAAUGCCAAUCCUUGCCUGAACGGUGGGGUCGAAAACAAUGAGUUGCUAAAAGAAAUAGAGCCAGUCCUGAAACUCCUAAAGAGCGGCACUAAGGAACUCAAUGGAGAUGCGCCAACCAAGGUGGAGACAAGAGAUAUAGAAGUCCAGGUGGACUGUUUCAGGGAAGUGGACAAGUCCCAGAAACUCGUGCCAGCCAGGAUGGAAAAUGACCGAGUUUUCAAUGACCUGUGGGAGAACAGUGACACGCCCGUCGUCCUGAACAACCCCUACUCAGAAAAGGAGCAGCCACCGCCAUCUGGCAGACAGUCCCCGACUAAGAACUUGGUGAAUGGAAGCCCGUCCAAGUGCCCACGGUUUGCCAAAGUUAAGAACUGGGAGACUGGCUCAGUGCUUCACGAUACCUUACAUCUCAAGACAGCCAUGGCCAGUGCGUGUACAGAGCAGAUCUGCAUGGGAUCAGUAAUGACGCCCACCCAGCAUAUCCGGAAGCCAGAAGACACCAGGACAAAAGAACAGCUGCUCCCCUUGGCUAAGGACUUCAUUGAUCAAUACUACUCCUCCAUAAAGAGGUUUGGCUCCAAGGCCCACGUGGAGAGGCUGGAAGAAGUGACCAAGGAGAUUGAAACCACAGACACCUACCAGCUGCGGGACACAGAGCUGAUCUAUGGAGCAAAGCAUGCCUGGCGUAAUGCAUCCCGCUGUGUAGGCAGGAUUCAAUGGUCUAAGCUACAGGUGUUUGAUGCCCGAGACUGCACCACAGCUCAUGGGAUGUUCAAUUACAUCUGCAACCACAUCAAAUACGCCACCAACAAAGGGAACCUCAGGUCUGCUAUCACCAUCUUCCCCCAGAGGACAGAUGGCAAGCAUGACUUCCGAGUCUGGAAUUCCCAGCUCAUCCGCUAUGCUGGCUACAAGCAGCCAGACGGCACCAUUCUGGGGGACCCAGCCAACGUGGAGCUCACAGAGAUCUGCAUCCAGCAAGGGUGGAAGGCACCCCAGGGGCGAUUUGAUGUCCUGCCACUCCUCCUCCAGGCCAACGGCAAUGAUCCGGAGCUCUUUGAGAUCCCCCCGGAGCUGGUGCUGGAAGUACCCAUCAGGCACCCCAAGUUUGCCUGGUUUAAGGACCUGGGGCUGAAGUGGUAUGGUUUGCCAGCGGUGUCCAGCAUGCUGCUAGAGAUCGGAGGCCUGGAGUUUACUGCCUGCCCCUUCAGCGGCUGGUACAUGGGCACUGAGAUCGGCGUCCGCGAUUACUGUGAUAACUCUCGCUACAACAUGCUGGAGGAAGUAGCCAAAAAGAUGAACCUGGACAUGAGGAAAACCUCCUCGCUGUGGAAAGACCAGGCGCUGGUGGAGAUUAACAUCGCUGUUCUGUACAGCUUCCAGAGCGACAAGGUGACCAUUGUGGACCAUCACUCAGCCACAGAGUCCUUCAUCAAGCACAUGGAGAAUGAGUAUCGCUGCCGCGGGGGGUGCCCUGCUGACUGGGUGUGGAUCGUCCCCCCAAUGUCCAGCAGCAUCACCCCAGUCUUCCAUCAGGAAAUGCUCAACUAUCGGCUCACGCCCUCCUUCGAGUACCAGCCUGACCCUUGGAACACACACAUCUGGAAAGGGGUCAAUGGGACUCCCACCAAAAAGAGAGCCAUUGGUUUUAAAAAGCUGGCCAAAGCCGUGAAGUUCUCUGCCAAGCUGAUGGGGCAGGCAAUGGCCAAGAGGGUCAAAGCGACCAUCCUCUAUGCCACAGAAACGGGGAAGUCCCAGGUCUAUGCAAAAACCUUAUGUGAAAUCUUCAAGCACGCUUUCGAUGCCAAGGUGAUGUCCAUGGAUGAGUACGACAUAGUCCACCUGGAACAUGAAACCCUUGUCCUUGUGGUCACAAGCACCUUCGGCAACGGAGACCCACCGGAGAAUGGGGAGAAAUUCGGCUGUGCGAUGAUGGAAAUGAGAAAUCCCAACUCUCACCUGGAAGAGAGGAAGAGCUACAAGGUCCGUUUUAACAGCGUCUCCUCUUACUCGGAUGCACGGAAGUCUUCGAGUGACGGGCCUGAAGCCAGGGACAACUUUGAGAGCACAGGGCCUCUGGCUAAUGUCAGGUUCUCGGUGUUUGGCUUAGGAUCGCGUGCCUACCCCCACUUCUGCGCCUUUGCCCGUGCCGUCGACACCCUGCUGGAGGAGCUGGGAGGGGAGCGCAUCCUCCGCAUGGGGGAGGGGGAUGAGCUCUGUGGCCAGGAAGAGUCUUUCAGGACGUGGGCCAAAAAAGUUUUCAAGGCAGCAUGUGACGUGUUCUGCGUGGGAGAUGACGUGAACAUUGAGAAGGCCAACAACUCCCUCAUCAGCAACGACCGGAGCUGGAAGAGGAGCAAGUUCCGCCUGACCUACGUGGCUGAGGCCCCCGAGCUCACACAAGGUCUGUACAGUAUUCACAAAAAGCGAGUCUAUGCCGCGCGGCUCCUCACACGCCAGAAUCUGCAGAGCCCAAAAUCCAGUCGGUCAACAAUUUUCCUGCGACUUCACACCAAUGGGCAGCAGGAGCUGCGCUACCAGCCUGGAGACCACUUGGGAGUGUUUCCAGGCAACCACGAGGACUUGGUCAGCGCCCUGAUGGAGAGACUCGAGGAUGCACCCCCAGCCAACCAGCUGGUGAAGGUGGAGCUCUUGGAGGAGAGGAGCACAGCUUUAGGUGUCAUCAGUAACUGGACGGAUGAGAACCGCAUCCCACCCUGCACCAUCUUUCAGGCAUUUAAGUGCUACCUGGACAUCACCACGCCUCCCACCCCUCUGCUGCUGCAGCAGUUUGCCUUACUGGCCACCAAUGACAAGGAGAAGAAACGUCUGCAGGUCCUUAGCAAGGGCUUGCAGGAGUACGAGGAAUGGAAAUGGUCCAAGAACCCCACCAUAGUGGAGGUGCUGGAGGAGUUCCCGUCUGUGCAGAUGCCCUCCACCCUGCUGCUCACCCAGCUGCCCUUGCUGCAGCCUCGCUAUUACUCCAUCAGCUCCUCCCCCGACAUGUCGCCGGACGAGGUGCACCUCACCGUGGCCGUGCUCUCCUACCGCACUCGAGAUGGGGAAGGACCAAUACACCACGGGGUCUGUUCCUCCUGGUUCAACCGGAUACAGGCAGAUGAAGUUGUGCCCUGUUUUGUAAGAGGAGCUCCUGGGUUCCACAUGCCACAAGAUCCCCAGGUUCCCUGCAUCCUGAUUGGCCCAGGUACGGGAAUCGCCCCAUUCCGGAGCUUUUGGCAGCAGCGGCUCUUUGAAAUCGAGCACAAAGCACUGAAGCCCUGUCCGAUGAUUUUGGUCUUUGGGUGCCGACAGUCCAAGAUCGACCACAUUUACAAAGAGGAGACCCUCCUAGCCAAAAACAAAGGCAUCUUCAAAGAGCUGUACACAGCCUACUCCCGGGAACCAGACAAACCAAAGAAAUACGUGCAGGACGUGCUGCAGGAGCAGCUGGCUCAGUCUGUGUACAAAGCACUGAAGGAGCAGGGAGGCCACAUCUACGUGUGCGGGGACGUCACCAUGGCUGGGGAUGUCUUCAAGGCCAUUCAGCGCAUCGUGAAGCAGCAGGGGCAGCUGUCGGUGGAGCAGGCUGGCGCUUUCAUUAGCAAGCUGAGGGAUGACAACCGAUACCACGAGGAUAUUUUUGGAGUCACCUUGCGUACAUAUGAAGUGACUAACCGCCUUAGAUCUGAGUCAAUUGCGUUCAUUGAGGAAAGCAAAAAGGACACGGAUGAGGUUUUCUGCUCAUAACCAGAACCCCUUGCCCCAGAUGAGAUGCCAAACCAGCUGCAGCAGCAGCCAUCCCCCUCCAGCCGGAGGGUGCUGGGUUUUGUAUUUACACGGACACGGCGGCUCCUUUUCUGCGGGGCCUGCCCACGGAAAGUGCUCUGUCUCUCGUCCUGUCGUCGUGUCCCGAUGAUGAUGAUUUCUCUUUCCUUUCUCUCUCUGUCGUCCUGUGGCGGUUUCUUUUCACUCCUUGUUUCCCUCCUCGGAGUCCCCUGCUGAAGUGCGAUGGCUUUAUAAUCCGCAGUGGCUCUUACGAAACUACGUUUCUUCUUCUCUCGGUCCGACGAGGGCAUUUCGCGGCUGCAUGAAAUCACCACCUUCGUGAUCAUCUGCAUUCUUUGGUGUUUGGGGGGGUGGGGCUGGAGCGGGGGGAGCUGGCUGUUCCUGAUCGGCCAGCGAGGACUGGAGAGAAGCUGUUUUGCCCAAGACCCCUUUCCCCACCUUGACGUGGAACUUGGCUGAAUCGCUGCAUCUUCCUCGCUUUGCUUUGGCCGCUCUGGGCCUGGCCCCGGGGGAAGUUGGAUGGAAAGGAAGUGCUGCCCUGCCCCCUUUCUUGCUGCUGAUGGAGGCACCAGAGCUUCGUUCUGUUUGAGGGGUGGGGUUCGUCUGUGUUCAAUGGGUAACAAUUCACCUACCUGAGCUCUGUGCUGUUUGUAUCCUCAGCCCCACGCCCCGCCCCCUCUUGGCUCUGUCCUCAGUCCUCUCUUGCCUGUGUGCCCUGUGCUGAUCUUGCUGGUGCAACAGUCAUCACGGGCCAUGUGCAAGCACAGCAGGUGCAGGCUGGUGUUUCUGCAAAGGGGCAGCACGUGGGUGCUCUUUGGUCACGGGGAAGCAGGGGACGUACUGCCCACUCUGCAUCCAAACCUUCCCAGCCUGCCCUGGGAGUUCAGGGUAAAUGCAGCCAGCUGGCAUGAGAGGGCUACAGAUUAGCUGAGAUCCUUGGAGGAAAGAUUGUGACUCGGGUGUGGGUUGCAUCCUGUAGCUUCCCUGGAUUAACAGGGCGCUGGUGGUGGGCACGUGAGUCCUCUCCAGCGAGGCAAGAGAACAUGUAAGGCGACAAGGCUGGGAGGCAGAGUAGCUCUGAAGCCGUCUCUGCCCAGGUCCAAGCGGCACCAAGCUGCUUAUAAAAAAGGUUGAUAGGCAGCCAGCAAGUAGCUGCUGUAUGGGGUCUACUGCGGCCAUUCCUGACCCCUGGUACCAGGCCUUCUGGGAACCCCAUGUAAUGCCCCAUUAAAUGAGUAACAGUUGCCUUGAUUACUCAAAGCAUGGCCAGUCUGUCCUAGCGCGAUCUUGUGAGAUGUCCUUUCUCAGCAACACCACUCCCUACCCCCGCAGGGACUGCAAUGCUCUCGUGGUGCCAGGCUGACUGCAACGGGUGCCUCCACUCUGCAAAAAACCCCAAAUCCUCUCCAUGCCCCCUCUGCCUGCUGCAUGCAUGGUGCCAUUGUUCAAACUGCACAAGGCCGCUGGGCCGGGAGCUCUCAGGAGAGACGGGGAGCAAGCCCAAGAAGAGAGGCACUGGUGCUGUCUAACGCCAGGCUCUGAGGUGCUGACCGCUCAGCUCCACUGCACAAAUCCAGCCCCGCUCGAGACUUACAGGAACUGCUACAGAGCUGGCAGCCCCCAAGGGUCACUCCCCUUUUCCAGGUAGGAACUUUUCCACCCACCCCCAGGCCGGCUCUCUCUCUCUCUGUCAGGGGGAGGGGGCUUUCUCUAGUUGCCAGGUUGUUUGGGGGUGCCCUCGUCCCUUCCCCCACCUGCACUGUACAUAGCCAUCUGCUGGCUAGACUGAGGCAGCAACAGCAAACUGGUGCCUUCAGGUGGCACUGGACCCCCUCCUGCCGACAGCAUAGGGAAUUACUGCCGAAGGGGGUCAGGACUUGGCCACGGCAAAGGGGGUGGGUCCCCACAACCGCUGUCACCAAGGGGUUGUUUUCAGAGCCCAGGAUCUGCCACUGCCUCCCGCUGAACCAAGCUUCUAACAAAGUGAGUCCAGCAAGGUCGGAAGCCUCCCCUGGCCUAAGUGUGACUUGGCAGCUGGGCUGCUCAAUUUCAGCUCGUGUUCACUGGUCUCACGCUUCGCAGUGACCACGUGGUUGCUUUGGUUUUGCUGCCUAGACCCUCCAAUGUGGGUAGGCGCUCGUGUGUGCUGCCACUGCCACAGCAACAUCCCUGGUCUUUACCUUCCCUGACCACCACAGAUGGAUCUGACCCAAAACCCUGGGCCCAGAGGCCCCAGAGCUUUGGGAAAGCUCCGCUCCAGGCUUUCUGCUGCCCUACUCCAUCUCUUCGGAGUAUUUUGCUCAACUAGGAGUCAGCAAGACUUUAAAUAGGGACGUGCACAAAUGCUGCCACCUUGUGGUAAUUUGCAUGCACGCUGUUCUGUGAGGGUGGCCCGAUGUGUUGCCCUAUGAGGAUGAAUGAAGGUCCCUGGCUAAGCCCCUGUUCAGUUACGAAAUCACGGCUGUAGUGUGGUUAUUCAAUUUGCAGCAGCGACUGUAUGCCCGCACCCACCCUGCUGCCUGGCAGCUACCCCGCACUGCCUCCGCAAGGACCACCAGGGGACAUGCCCACAGCGCCGCUCACGGAGAAAUGGAUUCUGGGCUGUCCCACUGCACAGAGUGCUGGGGUGAAGGAGACUAGCCCAACCAGGGGGAGUAGGGGCUCCUAGCUACACUGCAAACCCCCAAGAUGUUGAGCCAGUUGCACCACCCUAGGUCCCUGGCAGGGGGCAGGUGUGGUUAGCUGCCACGGUUACUAACCAGGUGGUGUGCAGGCAUAAACCACAGCUGGAGCCAUCAGUAUCGUGUGCUGUUACAAACCCUGGUUGCUGUUGUGUAACCGGGGCCUAGGAGCUCUUUAGUGGGGCCGAGAGCUCAGGCAGGCACCGACCCUUCCAGUCGCAUGUCCUGGUCCCCUGGGAGCCAAUGGGAAGAGAGAAUGGGGAGCGCAUCAAGGGCAGAAGGAUGCCUUUGCUCGAGAUUGUGCCUCACAAAUCUGGGUAGGGAUCCAGCCCCUGGGGGCGGGGGAAGAGAUGACAGAUCCCUUACUCCGCCCUUCGCCCCCCCACCAUCCCACACGCUGGGGAAGAUUGGCUCUGGAUCCAGCUCAGACCAGGCUGACCUUUCUGUAAGGUGCCCGAGCAAAACCUUGCAUCUCCCUUCAGCCCACUCCACACAAACCUUGGGGAGAGUUUGAAUUUGGAUCCAAAUUUUGCCCCAGGCCCAUCUUUCCUGGAAAUGUCAAUGCAAAGGAAUGCCCAAAGCUGUGUCCUUCGCAUUCAUUGCUGCUGUUCAUUUUCCCAUUCUGUCCUGUGCUCCUGUAACAGCCCCGCUCCGGAAUGAGCUUUGCUGAUACCGAUGCUCCCUGUCUGUAUCUGACAAGAGAGGCUGGCUUUGGCAGAACGGGUUGUGUCUCCUCCCGUCCGAUAUACCCAUGAGCCACGCUAAAAACGCAGCAAGUGCAGCCAUGGAGGAGCCAUGACAUCCGGAUUCAGCCUCUCCCAUUGCUAAAGGCUGGAAUUUCCCCGGGUGCCCAGAGGAGUUAGGCCCCCAAAGGCUGUUGAAAUUAACUGUGAGUUGAGCACCCACGUCCCUUUGUUCUCUUUGAUAAUCCCAGCCUUAGAGAGCAAAAAACGGUGUUACGUCCAGCCUGCUCACCUGGUGCACCCAAGAGACAGGACAGGGAUGGGGGAAGGGACAGGUGAGUAACAGGGAAAUCCUACCAUUGUGGGGUGAGUUGAAUUCAGGGCUCCAGAAGCUGUCAUCAGCCUGCCGUGCUUGGCUGGGAUAGUUGACUUUGAACAGGCCGGGCUGGCUUUCUAAUUGAGUCAGUUCCAUUUACUUUAGUAGCCAGUUUGCUCUCUUCACCUGCAAGGGUUUCACAUGCUUAAUUUUCUCCCCCAGAAAAGGGGAUGUGAUCCUGCUAAUCUCUGUAAUGCCACAAACACAGACCUUUCAUCCGCCACCCGGACGCAGUUCAGCUGGGUGAAAUGGGUGUGUAUGUACAAUAGAUACAUAGCACCUGGGUGGUGGAGAAUGGAGAUAGCCAGGCAAUGGACUGAAUGUAUCUUGUGCGGUUGAUGGCUUCGCCUGCCCUCUGUCCAUUAAUCCCAGUCCCCACUGGCUAAUUCCAACACUCCAAUGGGCUGAGCAGCUCCAAACAGCCCCUGUAGCAAUUGGAGAGUGGUCAUGAUGGACCAGCGGGCUGAUCCUGUCUGGCAAUUCCUGUGAAUGGCAAAGACUGCCAUCACCACCACCAAAAUGCUUCGCAGUGCCUCAGCUCACUUCUUACUCCAAAAGGUUAACAGCCAGGUGGGUCCUUACUACAGCUGGUCAAGAUGAUUUAUUUGCAAAUUGUUCAUGAAAAAUGCUCCCCAUUUUUUCUGACCAGCUCCGCUCUUUACCUUAGACUGACGAGCCGCUAAGCCUCAGCUCCACAGCGACCAUCCCCAAGGCUUUGCCUCCCCACAGCAGCUGCUUGGAAGUUUAGAUAGGGGGCAACAUACAGGCCUGUCUUUAUAUUACAGCACCUUCGAGGAGGGAAGCAAAUAACCAGAUCACUUUCUGCCCCCAAAUAAUUUACAAUCUAAGAUGACAAGAAGCAGGAGUUGAGGACAGGCUGCAGCACAAGAAGCCUCUCCCCGCUAUAUUUUACCCCUAAUCUAUACUCAAUAGUGAUUAGUUAUUGACCUCUCUUAAUUCCCCAUUUCACUAUUAAUCCCCUCCCUUAUCAAUGCACACCCUUAGCCUCUUACCAAUUAACCAACUGGCCUUCCUCCACCUCUCGCUGAAGAGACCUUCCCAGCAUCCAGCCCAUGCCCAGCCACACAAGAGGGAGGAGUAGCUCUUUAGUAAAGGUAGGUUCUGGUGAUGGCAGUGGGACAGGAAGCACCUAAAGCUAGGAGGAUGCUAAUGCUCUGGGGACUUCCUCCCCUUCUAGCUGGCUCUCUCCAGCGAUGAUCCCAGCCCAUGGAGAGACUGAGGGAUGCAGGGAGCAAGGAACUUCACCUUAAAGAGACAAAUUCUGCUCUCAGAUCUGUCAGUCAAUUCCCACAGGAAUCAAUGGCAGUCAAUUUAUACCCGCCUAAAUGGCAGCAGAAGUUGGCCUACGUUCUGAGCCCCGUUCUGCAACCAUUUACCCAGAGCGCGAUGUGACUAGGAGGAGUUUGCAGGACCAGCUCUUCAGAAGCAGCAGCAUGUACACACUGGGCAUAAUCUCCGUACGACACAUAUAGUGCACGAAGGCCUUGUUAUUACUGAUGGGGGGCAGAGGGGGUGUCUUUGCUGAGGUGGCUGUGGGCUUAGCCAAAUAUACCAGGCUAGAUGCUAAGCUGCCAUAAAUCUAGCACCAUUAGAGUGUGUAGAGUUGCUCUAAUUUUCCCCAGUGGAAGAUCUUCUCCAGGUUUGCUGAUAUUCUGAGAAGGAGAACUUUAUGGUCUACGGUAAUGGUGCUGCUACCAUCAGGUACAUAGAUGUGGCUAUUGCUAGAGUGAGAUCUGUUGCUGGGUUUGGAAUUAUUAUUAUUAUUUUCAAUUACUCACAGAGUUCCCUAGAAGCUCGUGGCCCUUCUCAGAACAGAUAGAGAUGGGUGGCGCUCAGCAUGGCCCUGAUUUUGCUUCUGUGGGGAGUUUCAGUGCUGGCAUCAGCGCGAGCAGAGUUAAGGCCACGCUGAGCGCUUAUGAAAUCCCACCCCCAAUCAACACUGCAUUGAGAUUGCAGAAUCUUGUGAGGUACUAAGAACAACCCAACACCCAUUGGCUUGGGUGGGAGACGGGGCGAUUGUCACUCUGCAGCAUCGGGCCUGAGGGCAGUAGCAGUUACAGCAAUUACAGCUUUGCAUGCACCAAUGCAUUAUUUCCUAGAAAUCUUGUUUCAAAUCUACCCCAGGCUGUGAGAUUUCAGCUCUGGCUUCUCCCAUACAACUACCUUUAUUUACUAAAACUUCAGAGAUGAUGGGAAAAGCUAAUGUGAUAGUGGAUUUAAAGCGCUUUGUUCCAGGACUAAAACGGACUCUUGUGGGGUCAGUGUUUUCUGGGUUCUGCUAAAGAUACAAGGAUGGCAUCUGAACUUUUUAAACAUCACAGUACGUGCCUAUCUUCUCCCCGCUGAGCCAGUGUUACAACAUGGCCUGGACUCUAAAAUGCCCAGACUGGUGCUGUUGCCUAUAAGGGCCAAUGACGAGAAGCUGCAAAGCUCAUUUCAAACGUAGUUUAUCGACUGUCUGCUGGUGAUACCUGCUCACAGUGACUUGCUGAUCACACAUGAGGGCACUUUUCUUUCUCAUUCAUGUCACUAAGUGGGGGCCAGAUUGUGUGGGCACAACUCAAAGGCAGUAAAACCAGCUGUGUAUGGGUCCCCCACUGGUUUAAGGGAUCCCACAGGCCAGGUCUUUGCAGCAGCUUGCUCUGAAUCACCACUGAAUCGAGCUAGUUGGAAAAUUGUCUAUAUGUGGGGGUGGGACUGGGUUUCCAUGGAAAAUGGGGAUUUUGUUGGGUGCGGGCCUGGCAGAAAUUCAAAUACUGAAAACUUUGAAAACAAAUCUUUUGGGUUUGAGGCGUUUUUUUGAUGAAAAAUCAAAAAAUUCCAUGGAAAGUGGGCACUUUGAGCCCCCCCCUCCCAAAAAAAAAAGUUUACUCAAAAACUCAAUUCCCCAACCAGAAAAAACAGCUCUGAUAGAUAAUUUUCAACCAGCUCUGCUUGGGAAUGCAGCAAAAGUGACAAUAAAUGCAACAACCCCUGCCCCAUUUGCUCCGGCAUUUACUCUGAGUCUGAAAGAAACGUUUUAUUUUUUAAGUCAUGUGUUCAAAAAAUGUAAAAGUUUGUGUUUCCACAAGUGCCAACCGACAAGCAGCUUUAGCUUUACUAAUGAGGUUCCAGCCGUUUUGCAUGUGUGUGAACUGCUCCCAUCGAUUCCAGUGUGAGCUGACUGCACCCAUCCCAGGCUGUGUUUGGCUCCGCUAAAGAGUGCAGAGUUCAUAGCAGAAUCCAGUCACUUCAUUUCAAAAACAACUGCAGCCCGCUGAACAACGCAAACCCAAAAAAUUGGGACAUUUUGUUGAAAAUUUUCACGGACAUUUCAAAAUUAGACAAAGUUUUGACCAGCACUGUAGCUGGUCAAAAAACAUGGCGGGGGGGAAAUUGUAAAAAUGGCUUCAAGAGUUGGGGGGAGGGGGUUAGUUAAAAUUCAAUAUUUUGUCCAAAACAAACCUUGAAAAAAAAUCAAAAUUUGAAAAAACAUCUACCAACUUCAGGGGAAAUAAAACAACUGUAUCUAAAUCCGCCUUUAACUAACAAGCCAGCAUGCCUCCAAAGCAGCCAUUCAUGUCUGUGUGGGGUAUAGAAUGGUGUAUUAACAAAACUCACUCUAACUCCUCUGAUGUAGGAAUGCAUUUCAGACCCUUCUUUAAAUGAGGUUUGCUGAUGUGCAGCCUUGAAGUGAUGGUUUGAAAGCCAAGAAAAUGUAGGGCAAACAUCAAUUCUUGUUACAGUGCUGUAAAACAGACAAAUGUCAGGAACUUCCAAGAUUGGGUCAACUCCUGACCUGGAAGAAAUAGCUUUGGCCCACUGGGGAAGCCUCUCAGAAAUCCUGGUUUCUUAUAUUUUGAAAAGACCUGAAGAUUGAGUUCUCCUUGCUUCUGGCAACGUCUGAGUUCUGGGCUGUAUGUGGUUCCCCAGGAACAGGGCAAAAGCGCCUUUCAAGCAGGACUGGUUGUAUGGCACUGGUUCCCAUCUAGUUAGAAACAUAGGCUGAAAUUCUCCUAGCUCCCAAAGGAUUUUGGGUGCUCUAUUCCAAUUCAUUUCAAAAGGAAUUGGGUAUCCAAUUCACUUUGGCAGAUUUGAACAUCUCAGGUUUUUAAAUGACUUGUCUCAUGAGGAGCAAAGGCGCAAAAGUGAAAUGGAGACAUUUGCGAAAUGUGACAAAGGUUUGGUGAAACUUCUACAAUCUAGAGGCUUCCUGAAUCCUCCAGCUGUCUUGGGUUUUCCCAUGUUCGCUGGAACUACAUCUUUUCCAAAUUCUCUCAGCCUCGUGACCCUUCCGCCUUCCCCUUGUAGCAUUGUGCCUUCUGUUUAUUCUUUAAACAACACCAUGAGUUAAGAGCAUCGGCUUGACUCUCACUUUGUGUUUCCUGAGGUGGGUGGACAGAUUGGUACAUUUUGUAGCAUUAAACGUGAUUCAAACAUAGGUUUCUUUCUGAGGAAGGAGGGUGGGGGUGGAAGUGGGAAUGACGGUGGGCAGGUGUUGUAUUUGAUCAUACCAGUGCUUUAAGCAGUCAGAAACAUGGUUUCCCCUACCUCUGAGCUCUCAAUGCUGCUAAAAUCUCUGCCACUCAUACAAUGUACUCCAGCACCUCUCUCGUGGACUGACUCCUGCUCUGUUUGCGAGGUAUCCACACUGUUCUAAAGCAUGCACCUCUCUGUAUAGUUCCAAUCUUUUGAUUUUAUGGAAUAAAAUACCUAUGCCUGUUUGCAUUACAGUCAAAAUAAAAAAGUGGAC